CCCGGGAAGCUGCGCGAGGCUGGGCGGCCGCUGCCACCUCCUCCUCCUCCAUCUCCUCCAUCGCCUCCUCCUCCGGCCGGGCCGGGGCCGAGUGGUGGAGCACCGCUGCGGGACGUCGGAGCCAUGGCGCACCAGACAGGCAUCCACGCCACGGAGGAGUUGAAGGAAUUCUUUGCCAAGGCCCGGGCUGGCUCCAUCCGACUCAUUAAAGUCGUCAUUGAGGACGAGCAGCUUGUGCUGGGUGCCUCACAGGAACCGGUGGGUCGCUGGGACCAGGAUUACAACCGAGGGGUGCUGCCGUUGCUCCACCCCCAGCAGCCCUGCUACGUGCUCUUCCGCCUCGACUCCCAGAAUGCUCAGGGCUUCGAGUGGCUCUUCCUCGCCUGGUCCCCUGAUAAUUCCCCUGUGCGGCUGAAGAUGCUCUACGCAGCCACCCGGGCCACGGUGAAGAAGGAGUUUGGGGGGGGUCACAUCAAGGAUGAACUCUUCGGAACGGUGAAGGAGGACCUCUCCUUCGCCGGGUACCAGAAACACCUGUCGUCCUGCGCAGCACCUGCCCCCCUCACUUCAGCCGAGAGGGAGCUACAGCAGAUCCGCAUCAACGAGGUGAAGACCGAGAUCAGCGUGGAAAGCAAGCACCAGACCCUCCAGGGCCUCACCUUCCCCCUGCAGCCCGAGGCCCAGCGCGCGCUGCAGCAGCUCAAGCAGAAGACGGUCAACUACAUCCAGCUGAAGCUGGACCUGGAGCGGGAGACCAUCGAGCUGGUGCACACCCAGCCCACCGACGUGGCCCAGCUGCCGUCGAGGGUACCCCGCGACGCGGCGCGCUACCACUUCUUCCUCUACAAGCACACCCACGAGGGCGACCCCCUCGAGUCUGUGGUGUUCAUCUACUCCAUGCCCGGGUACAAGUGCAGCAUCAAAGAGCGCAUGCUCUACUCCAGCUGCAAGAGCCGCCUCCUGGACUCCGUAGAGCAGGACUUCCAACUGGAAAUCGCCAAGAAGGGCCCCCGCUCCAGGGCCCUGCACCCCUUGUCUCUCCUGGUCCAGGCUGUGGUGCUGGCAGAGGCCCUGGCUUUGGGGUCCCUGCCUGCUUUCCUACCCUGUGAGUUCCAGCCCCAGGACGGCCUGGUCGAUUGCAACUGGCUGGUCUUGAAGUCCGUCCCCCACUUCCCGGGGGCCGCCCCCCGCCGCAACGUCACCAGCCUCUCGCUGCUGUCCAAUCGGAUCCACCACCUGCACAGCUCCGAUUUCAGCCAGUUUCCCAGCCUGCGGCGGCUCAACCUCAAGUGGAACUGCCCCCCACGCGGCCUGAGCCCCAUGCGCUUCUCCUGCCAGAUGACCAUCGAGCCCCACACCUUCCUGGCCGUGCCCACCCUGGAGGACCUCAACCUGAGCUACAACGCCAUCACCGCCGUGCCCGCCCUCCCCAGCUCCCUGGUGAACCUCACUUUGAGCCACACCAACAUCCUGGUGCUGGAUUCCGGCAGCCUGGCCCACCUGGCCGAGCUGCGCGCCUUAUUCGUGGACGGGAACUGCUAUUACAGGAACCCGUGCAGCGCGUCGCUGCGCGUGGCCCCCGGUGCCCUCCUGCGCCUGCGCAACCUCACCCACCUGUCGCUCAAAUACAACAACCUCACCCAGGUGCCCCGGCAGCUGCCCCCCGGCUUGAAAUACCUCCUGCUGUCUUACAACCGCAUCGUCCAGCUGGGGCCCCAAGAUCUGGCCAAUCUGACCUCCUUGCGCGUCCUGGAUGUGGGGGGCAAUUGCCGUCGCUGCGACCACGCCCAGAAUCCCUGCGUCGAAUGCCCCCGUCGCUCUCUCCACUUGCACCCCGACACCUUUGGCCACCUGAGUCGCCUCGAAGGCCUGGUGUUGAAGGACAGCUCUCUCUACACCUUGAACCCCAAGUGGUUCCAGGGGCUGCCCCAGCUCUCCGUGCUGGAUCUGAGUGAGAAUUUCCUCUACGAGUGUAUCACGAAGACCACGGCCUUCCAAGGCCUGGCUCAACUCCGCAAGCUCAUCCUGUCCUUUAAUUACCACAAGAGGGUCUCCUUCGCCCAGCUGUGGCUGGCACCCUCCUUUGGGAGCCUGAGCUCCCUGCAGGAGCUAUACAUGAAUGGGAUCUUCUUCCGCUCCCUCAACGAACGCACCCUCAAGUCUCUAGCCCGUCUCCCCAAACUCCACACGCUCAGCCUACGGAUGAAUUUCAUCAACCAGGCCCAGCUCGGGGUCUUUGGCCCCUUCCCUGGCCUGCGCUUCGUCGACCUGUCAGACAAUCGCAUCAGUGGCAAUUCCAACAUGGCGCCCACCACUGGAGACACCAAGGAUGGAGAGCUGCGCCUACAGCUGGGGUCCGAGGAGGAGGAGGACCUCCCUCCUCCAGCUGCCCCCCCCUUACGCACCCCCACGCCUAAAGACUUUAUGUCCAGCUGCAAGCACUUGCCGUUCACCUUGGAUCUCUCCCGGAACAACCUGGGCACGAUCAGAUCGGACAUGUUCACCCACCUGUCCCGUCUCCAGUGCCUGAGCCUGAGUCACAACUGCAUCGCACAGGCCGUCAACGGCUCCCAGUUCCAGCCCCUCCUCAACCUCCGAGUUCUAGACCUGUCCCACAACAAGCUGGACCUCUAUCACAGCCGUCCGUUCACGGAGCUGCCCCGAUUGGAGGCCCUGGACCUCAGUUAUAACAGCCAGGCUUUCGGCAUGCAAGGCAUCGGCCACAACCUCACCUUCGUGGCCUUCCUGCCCAAUCUGCGCCACCUCAGCCUGGCGUACAACAACAUUAACAGCCGUGUGUCCCCCAAACUCCGCAGCGCCUCCCUGAGCACCCUGGAUUUUAGUGGCAACGCCGUGAGCCGAAUGUGGGCCGAGGGAGACCUGUACCUCCAUUUCUUCCAAGGCCUGGAAGUCCUGCAGCAGCUCGAUCUGUCUAAGAACCGCCUACACACCCUUCUGCCCCGGACCCUGGACAAUCUCCCCAAGAGCCUGAAGACGCUGCGGCUGCGAGAUAAUUUCUUGGCCUUCUUCAACUGGACGGGCCUGAUCUACCUGCCCAACCUGGAGGUUCUAGACCUCGCGGGGAACCAGCUGAAGGCCCUGACAAACGACACCCUCCCGAACGGCACCCACCUGCACACCCUGGACCUCAGCGACAACGACAUCACUUCCGUGUACCCCGGUUUCUUCGUCCUGGCCGGGGAGUUGCGGGAGCUCAACCUCAGCGACAAUCUCCUCAAGACGGUGGACGCAUCCUGGUUCGGAUCCCUGGCGGGCGAUCUCAGGCUGCUCGACGUGCGGACCAACCCCUUGCACUGCGCCUGCGGGGCCCCCUUCGUGGAGUUCCUCCUGGAGAUCCAACACGCUGUCCCGGGCCUGCCCAGUCAGGUCAAGUGCGGCAGCCCCAACCAGCUACAGGGUCUGAGCAUCUUCGCGCAGGACCUGCGUCUCUGCCUGGACGAGACUCUGUCCUGGAGUUGCUUCGGCUUCUCGCUGCUGGCGGUGGCCCUGGGCCUGGCGGUGCCCACCCUGCAGCACAUCUACGGCUGGGAUCUCUGGUAUUGUUUUUACCUGUGUCAGGCGUGGCUCCCUCCCCGGAGGAGACGGCCGGGCGCCCAGCCCGCCCCCUACGACGCCUUCGUGGUGUUCGACAAGACGCAGCCCGCCGUGGCCGACUGGGUGUACAACGAGCUGCGGGUGCGGCUGGAGGGGCAGCCGCGCCGGGCCCUGCGGCUGUGCCUGGAAGAGCGGGAUUGGCUUCCCGGCAGAGCCCUGUUCGAGAACCUCUGGGCCUCCAUCGACGGCAGCCGCAAGACCGUGUUCGUGCUGGCCCGCACGGACCGCGUGAGCGGCCUGCUGCGCACGGGCUUCCUGCUGGUGCAGCAGCGGCUGCUGGAGGAGCGCAGGGACGUGGCCGUGCUGGUGCUGCUGCGGCCCGACGCGCGCCGCUCGCGCUACGUGCGCCUGCGCCGCCGCCUCUGCGGACGCAGCGUCCUCGUCUGGCCCCAGCGGCCCAGCGGCCAGCGCCGCUUCUGGGCCCAGCUGCGCGCCGCGCUCACCAGGGACAACCGCCACUUCUACGACAGGAACUUCUGCCAGGGCCCCGCGGCGGAAUGA